CCAAAGUUACAGACCACGCCAAGGCAUACCUCCAAAACCAGGUCUAAAGACACGCACACCGUCGGAUACCGCAGCCUAGCUCUGAGGUGACGCUUGUCUGCAGGUCUGGGGAGAGAGUGCAACCGUUAAUUUCUGCCUGCAGCGGACGUCCCCGGCGGUGUUAUCUACACGUGGGCAGCAGGUUCGGGCUCACACACACGAAGGGGGGUGUUCUUACACGAACACACAAAGGAUGUCGACUCCGGCUAGAAGACGGUUGAUGCGGGACUUCAGGCGGCUCCAAAACGACCCUCCGUCUGGUGUCACGGGGGCGCCGAUGGACAAUAACAUCCUGGCGUGGCAGGCCGUGAUAUUCGGGCCGGACGAUACGCCGUGGGAAGGAGGGACGUUCAAGCUCCUGCUUGAGUUUUCCGAGGACUACCCGAACAAGCCGCCGUCCGUCCGGUUCCUCACGCGCAUGUUCCACCCGAACAUCUACAACAACGGUCAGAUCUGUCUUGACAUCUUGCAGAACCAAUGGAGUCCGAUCUACGACAUCUGCGCCAUCCUCACAUCCAUCCAGUCGCUCCUGUGCGAUCCUAACCCGGCGUCUCCGGCAAACUCAGAGGCUUCCCGGCUGUACCAGGAGAACAGGCGAGAAUAUAACCGCCGCGUCAGGGAAGUAGUGGAGCAAAGCUGGGUGGACGAAUGAUGCGCACCAAGAAGAAAGGUCACCGGUAGUAGCAAGAAAAAAAGAAAAUGAUGCGGGGUCGUCAGCGUGUAGGAGUAAUGUGGCUUGACGCAUUAACAAACAGGUGUAGCACCGGAGACGGGUUGUUGUUGUUGGUGGAGCGUGGGUGGUGUUGCAUUGAUGCACAUCCCGGGGACAGCCGUCCACGCGGCCGGGACGUUGGUUAGUUGGUUGCGCGCGAGGGGGUACGCGGCGACAAUGUGAAGAAGGAACGCACCGCGGGCUGUGGUUGCGAAGGAGGGGAGGGGCACGCGCAGGGCUUGAACGUGCCUGUGACGGACUGGACCGUGGUAAACGAUGGGCGUUGUAUCCCCGUUCCCUCCGGUCCUGUUGACUGGCCUCAACUUGACAGGAGAGCGAGCCUGCGCACGCACACGGCGAUACCGUAAAGAGACGUCCACACAGGCAGUUGCGCACCCGGAAGGGGUAAAUAGUUGCAUCGCUUUAUUUUUUUUGUUGCGCAAGUGUUGUUUUGCGUUAUGACUUGGGGGGUGGCGUCGCGUGUUUUUCGUUUUGGUCCAUGCUGCUGGAUGGGGUUGGGUGGGUGGGUGGGUGGGUGGGUGGGUUGUUUGGAGUUGAAAGAAGGGACAGGAGGGACAAGGACCGCUGCCCGUUGUUGUCGCUGCCCUGCGAACAGCCUCCCUCCGAGUCGGAAGAUGCUGUUUUCGUGUAUAUUCCCGCUGGUGUUUUCUUUUUUUGAUUGUAUUCAGGGUCGCAGCGCUGGGCAGUCGACAAAAAAAACGGGGUUGCAUCAGGGACGCAGGCGGGGGGGGGCAUUCGCAGCGGAACGAAUUCAUGGAGGAAAAACCCUAACCCUAUGGGGGGCAUUGGAGGUGCAUGGCCGUCUCGAACCGUGGGCGAGGAGGGACAGGUUUGGGUACCGACGCUGGAGUGACUUUUCCAAUACAAUCGGUGUCUCGUGUGUGCGUCCUGGGCAGCAUGGUAUAUACGGUGCUUGCUUCAUCAUGGUGUGCGGUGCUUGGUAGCCACGGGCGAUACCGACGAAAUAUUCAAGAUUCGGGGGGGGGAGGGGGGGGAGGGAUUUCCGGGCUUGUUGUAAGGCGUUGCGUGUGCCAUUUCAUGUUGUGAGUUGAAAGCGAUCAAGGUUUCACGACCGAGAGUACAUGUAGUUAGCGGGACUCAAGGGAAAUGGUACUGCAAUCGCGCUGGCGAUUAUUUGUUCGUUGAUUGGCUUCCUUGAAACGUGCUUUCCGUCGCAUGCCUUUCGUGAAAGCGGACGGUUGUGGUUCUCGCACGAAACCGAAAGUGAUUCCUCCAGAUGUUGGAGCUGUUGAUUCUUGUUGUUUUUGUUUGCUGCCAGGAUCUCUCCCUACACACGUACCACCCGUUAUGGGUCACUUUCCAUGAACAGAGUUUUGUUCAAGCCCUUGACGUGAAGGGGUCGAUUUGUUUUUCUCGGCUAGGAAGCAAACCCCUUUUCGAGGUUUGCAAACAAUCGCACGAUAAAAUCUGCACCCGGUCCCGUACCGACUUC